AUGGCUUCCUCAAUCAGCUUCAUGUCCCUGGCUGUCCUUGCUCUUGCACUGGUCGUUUCUGUCCAAUCCGCCAUAGGGGGAGGCAUCGAAUGCGAGAAUCUGAACAAGGACUCUUGUGCAUUCGCGGUGUCAUCCUCAGGGAAGCGGUGCGUACUAGAGAAGCAAGUGAGGAGGAGCGGCGAGGAGGCCUACACAUGCCGGACGUCUGAGAUAGCGGCUGACCAGCUGAAGGACUGGGUUGAGACCGACAGCUGUGUCGAGGCGUGUGGGCUUGAGAGGACCGCUCUUGGCAUCUCAUCUGACUCCCUCCUAGAACCUCAGUUCACCCAAAAGCUUUGCUCUCCUCAGUGCUUCCACGGGUGCCCCAACAUCAUUGACCUCUACUUCAACCUCGCCGCUGGCGAAGGUGUUUUUCUUCCGAAAUUAUGUGAAGCACGGGGGAAAGAUGCGCGAAGGGGAUUGGGAGAGGUGAGAAGCUCUGGGUACGUUGCACCAGGACCAGAAGCCAUCCAUUCCGAGAGGUUCACCAUUGCACCAGGACCAGAAGCCAUCCAUUCGAGAGGUUCACCAUUGCCCCGGCAAUAUCUCCUUCUUACCCUUAAAAAGAGCAGUAGCCAGUAG